CGAUCGUUGAUUCUCUCGACGACCGGCUACGGCGAGUAGACACUUUUUAUCUUCGAUCGUUUAUUCGCGUCGUUUCGUCGAGUCUCCUGAGAGCGUCUUCCUCCUCGAUUAACGCGAACCAUGCGGUUCGAAAUUUGCGCCGCUCUCGCCGCGCUCCUCGUGACCGCCGCGUCCGCAGCUAAUGACGCUCCCUCCGGACGAGUCUACACGAUAUGCGUGCCCGAGGUCUACCGGAAGGAGUGCGCGGAGAUGGUCAAGGACUCCGCGGUCAAAGGGAUACCGAUCUCGUGCAUAUCCGGCCGCGAUCGAUUCGAGUGCAUCGAAAAGGUCGGCAGGAAGGAGGCGGACGUGGUCGCCGUCGACCCGGAGGACAUGUACCUAGCCGCAAAGGACAACGAGCUUGCAGCGAAAGCCGGUUACAGCGUCGUUGAACAGGUGAGAACGAAGGAGGAACCGGACGCACCGUACCGGUACGAGGCCGUGGCCGUCAUACACAAAGAUUUGAAGAUCGACAACGUGGAAGGAUUGCGAGGACUGAGGUCCUGCCACACGGGAGUCGGUCGCAACGUGGGCUACAAAAUCCCCAUCACUAAACUCACCGCCAUGGGAAUUCUGCACAACCUGAACGAUCCCGAAUACUCGGCACGCGAGAACGAGCUGCGCGCGUUGAGCUCGCUCUUCUCCAAAGGAUGUUUGGUCGGCACCUGGUCCCCGGAUCCCGCGAUCAACCGCAGACUCAAACAAACCUACUCGAACAUGUGCGCCCUCUGCGAAAAACCGGAGGUCUGCGACUAUCCGGACCUCUACUCGGGAUACGAGGGCGCGUUGCGAUGCCUCGCGCACAACGAUGGACAGGUCGCCUGGACCAAAGUAAUUUACGUGAAACGGUUCUUCGGUUUGCCGGUCGGCGUGUCACCCGCUGUUCCGACUGCAGAAAACCCUGCAGAUUUCCGAUACUUCUGCCCGGACGGCAGCAAAGUGCCGAUCGACGCGAACACGAAACCGUGCACCUGGGCUGCUAGACCCUGGCAGGGGUACAUGACCAACGGAGCGGCCGGCAACGUACAAGCAAUGCAAAAGGAACUGACGGAUCUCGGUAAAUUGGGAGAGCAAGAAAAGGCUGACUGGUGGAAGGACAUCAUGCUGCUGGACGAGAAGACCCUGGCUGUUGCCGCGCCUCCGGUGCAGCCCAAGGAACAUUUGACCAACGCCAAGUAUCUGGAUGUGAUUGAAAGGAACUCCGGAGCCGUAGGCAAGAGAGCGCGCUGGUGCAUGUGGGAGCAGGGAGCGCUCGAAAAGUGCCAGGCCCUCGCUAAAGCUUCCUUCUCGAGGGAGGUCAGACCGAAGUUAGAGUGCUUGCUCGAGAAGAAUCAAGACGGUUGCUUGAAAGCCAUCAAGGAAGGCAACGCUGAUCUGACGGUAGUCGAAGGAGGCUCAGUGGCCCGAGCAACCAAGGAGUUCAACGCAGUUCCCAUAAUCGCCGAAUCGUACGGAACAGGCGCGACCGAAUACAGCGAGAGACCAGCCGUCGCUGUCGUUCGAAAGUCUUCCGGGAUCAACAAACUAGAGGACUUGAGAGGCAAGAAGUCGUGCCACAGCGGAUACCAAGGUGACUUCUCCGGUUGGUCAGCCCCGGUGCACGCCUUGAAGAGCAAAGGUCUGAUCACCUCUGCCGACGAUGUCGCCGAUUUCUUCUCGGCAUCGUGCGCACCCGGUGCGCCGGUCGAGUCCAACCUCUGCAAACAAUGCGUCGGAAACGCCGCGGCCAACGACGAUAGAGUUCGAAGCGCGACCAAGUGCAAACCGAACGAAGCGGAAACCUUCAGAGGCGGAAAAGGAGCCCUCGAGUGUUUGUUGCAAGGCAAAGGAGACGUAGCGUUCCUCCCGUUGCCGGCUCUGGUCAGCGCACAGAACAAAACAGGGGACCUGCAACUUCUCUGCCCGAGCGGCGGAGUCGCCCCGAUCGAGGACGGGCAACGAUGCAACUUGGGUCUGGAUCCUCCCAGAGUGAUACUCACCUCGGCUUCUAAGACCCCGAACGCCCAGGAUGAACUGACCCACGGCACUCUGGCCGCGAGCACCCUCUACUCCAAACGACCGGACCUGCUGCAAAUGUUCGGCACCUGGGCCGGUCAGCCUAACCUGCUGUUCAGGGAUGACGCGAAAGGUCUGGUCUCGGUGAGCAAGGCGUGGAACAAGUGGAACGAUUGGCAAGCGACGGCCCGAGAGUACGCUUGAUGCAGCGAGCCACGCGAACCGCUUGGAAACUCGACGACGAGAAAGGAUCGCCGUUGCGAUUACGUAAUAAAAUAGCACAGCAAACGAA